ACAGAGAGCACCAGCACCGCACCAACAGAGAGCACCAGCUCAGCCCUGACAGAGAGCACCAGCUCAGCACCAACAGAGAGCACUAGCUCAGCACCAACAGAGAGCACCAGCUCCGCAUCAACAGAGAGCACCAGCUCAGCGCCAACAGAGAGCACCAGCUGCCCAGCAGAGAGCACCAGCUCAGCACCAACAGAGAGCACCAGCUCAGCACCAACAGAGAGCACCAGCACAGCCCCAACAGACAGCACCAGCACAGCACCAUCAGACAGCACCAGUUCAGCACCAACAGAGAGCUCCAGCUCAGCCCCAACAGACAGCACCAGCUCAGCACCAACAGAAAGCACGAGCUCAGCACCAACGAGCACCAGCUCAGCACCAACAGAGAGUACCAGCUCAGCACCAACAGAGAGCACCAGCUCAGCCCCAGCAGAGAGCACCAGCUCAACCCCGACAGAGAGCACCAGCUCAGAGCCAACAGAGAGCACCAGCUCCGCAACAACAUUCAGCACCAGCUCCGCAUCAACAGAGAGCACCAGCUCAGCACCAACAGAGAGCACCAGCUCAGCACCAACAGACAGCAACAACUCAGCACCAACAGAGAGCACCAGCUCAGCCCCAACAGAGAGCACCAGUUCAGCACCAACAGAGAGCACCAGCUCAGCACCAACAGACAGCACCAGCUCAGCCCCGACAGAGAGCACCAGCUCAGCAUCAACAGAGAGCACCAGCUCAGCACCAACAGAGAGCACGAGCUCAGCACCAACAGAGAGCACCAGCACCGCACCAACAGAGAGCACCGGGAGCACCAGCUCAGCACCAACAGAGAGUACCAGCUCAGCACCAACAGAGAGCACCAGCUCAACCCCGACAGAGAGCACCAGCUCAGCACCAACAGAGAGCACCAGCUCCGCAACAACAUUCAGCACCAGCUCCGCAUCAACAGAGAGCACCAGCUCAGCACCAACAGAGAGCACCAGCUCAGCACCAACAGAGAGCACCAGCUCAGCACCAACAGAGAGCACCAGCUCAGCACCAACAGACAGCAACAACUCAGCACCAACAGAGAGCACCAGCUCAGCCCCAACAGAGAGCACCAGCUCAGCACCAAUAGAGAGCACCAGCUCAGCCACAACAGAGAGCACCAACUCAGCACCAACAGAGAGCACCAGCUCAGCCCCAACAGAGAGCACCAGCUCAGCACCAAUAGAGAGCACCAGCUCAGCCCCAACAGAGAGCACCAGCUCAGCACCAACAGAGAGCACCAGCUCAGCACCAACAGAGAGCACCAGCUCAGCCCCAACAGACAGCACCAGCACAGCACCAUCAGACAGCACCAGUUCAGCACCAGCAGAGAGCUCCAGCUCAGCCCCAACAGACAGCACCAGCUCAGCCCCAACAGACAGCACCAGCUCAGCCCCAACAGAGACCACCAGCUCAGCACCAACAGAAAGCACCAGCUCAGCACCAACAGAGAUCACCAGCUCAGACCCAACAGAGAGCACCAGCACCGCAUCAGCAGAGAGCACCAGCUCCGCAACAACAUUCAGCACCAGCUCAGCCCCAACAGAGAGCACCAGCUCAGCACCAAUAGAGAACACCAGCUCAGCACCAACAGAGAGCACCAGCUCCGCAUCAACAGAGAGCACCAGCUCAGCACCAAUAGAGAGCACCAGCUCAGUACCAACAGAGAGCACCAGCUCAAAAGCUCCACAUCUCCAGCGGUCACAAGUGCCGGCACAAUGGCCACAGCAGCAGGAAGCCACACAGCUGAUGCAUCCACCUCCCAGAUAG